AUGGCGGCACCACGCCCACAGCAUCCGCCAUUGUGCGAGACCGACUCGGCCGCAUCCGACCCUCGCGACGUGCAGCGACCCUUCGACCUCAAGGGCAAGUCUCGCGCAUACGACGGCUUCACAAUAUCCAACCCCACCUCCAGCGCGCGCACCGUCGCCCCUGCCGCCGCACCCGUCUCGACGCUGCUCGGCGACACGUCGGACAAGACGAGCUGGAACUAUGUGCUGCGCUCCGGAUUUGCGGGCGGGAUUGCCGGAUGCGUGGCCAAGUCGGCCAUCGCGCCGCUCGACCGCGUCAAGAUCCUGUUCCAGGCGCAGAACCCCGAGUUUGCCAAGUACUCGGGCCGCUGGCUCGGCGUCUUCCAAGCAGGUCGCGACAUCGUUCGGUCCGAUGGGCCGUCGGCGCUGUUCCAGGGACACAGUGCGACGCUCAUGCGCAUCUUUCCGUACGCGGCGAUCAAGUACAUGGCGUACGACAAGCUGCACUUCUACCUCAUGCCCACCAAGCAGUCCGAGACCUCGGGGCGUCUUUUCCUGGCCGGGUCGGCAAGCGGGGUGUUGUCGGUGUUCCUCACGUAUCCGCUCGAGCUUAUUCGUGUGCGGCUGGCGUUCGAGACCAAGCGCAAGAGGCAGAAGGGUGGGGUAAGGCGCAUCAUUCGCAUGAUCUAUAGCGAGGGCGCCACCGAGGCGCCGUUCAGCAGCGAUGCACGCAGGCGCGCGGCCAGGACGGCACAGUCUGCACAGCAGGCGAAUCUCAGCACGGCCGCUACGAGUGCGUCGGCGAGCGCGUUGGGAAGCGCGCUAAGAGCAACCGAUCCCAACGUGCCCUCGGCAGCCGUGCCGGCGGGGAAUAGGUUGUUGGCACAGUAUCCGGUGCUCAAGUUCUACCGCGGGUUCAGUGUGACGGUGAUGGGCAUGAUCCCGUAUGCGGGCACGAGCUUUCUCGUGUUCGGAAGGUGCAAGACCAUGCUUCAGGACCUCUUCCCGCCGUCGGAACCAGCGGCAGAUGUACCCGGUAGUAGACGCAGGUGGUUCUGGCCCAGCAAGACCGUCGUGGACCUCUCGGCGGGUGCAUUGGCGGGCGCAUUGUCCCAGACAGCCGCGUACCCGUUCGAGGUGAUCCGGAGGAGACAGCAGGUCGGCGGCAUCAUCCGCCCCGGAGCAAUGCUCGGCAUGUGGGAGACCGCGGCGUGGAUCUACAAGACGAGUGGAUGGAGGGGGUUCUAUGUGGGACUCAGCAUUGGCUUCUUGAAGGUGGUGCCGAUGACGAGCAUCUCGUUUGCAGUGUGGCUGGGCAUGAAGCGGCAGAUGGGCAUCUGA